AUGCGUUCAACAAUCGUUGCCGCUGCCAGUGUGGCGCUCCUUGCUAGAGCAGCACCUUCCCCCAAAUACGUCAAAACCGAUGGGACUCGCUUUGAGUUGGACGGAAAACCAUUCUACUUUGCGGGUACCAAUUGCUAUUGGUGCAGUUUUACCGCAAAUAUGUCAGAUGUCGAGAUCGCAUUCAACGAGGCGAGCAAGGCUGGGUUGAAUGUCAUCCGUACCUGGGGUUUCAAUGAAGUGAACGUGACCCGUGUGCCGGGAGGCCUUCCCGAUUACGGUGGCGAGGGUGCUGGCCCAACUCAGAUCUACUAUCAGAGUUGGGACAAGGGAAAACCUACCAUUAAUUACGGUGAUAACGGUCUGAAGCACCUUGACAAGGUCGUAGCUCUGGCAGAGAAGAAGGGCAUUAAACUUGUUGUUGCACUCACUAACAACUGGGCCGAUUAUGGUGGAAUGGACGUUUACAAUGUUAACCUCGGAGGACAGUAUCAUGAUAGCUUCUUCGUAGAACCCAAGAUUAAGGCCGCGUUCAAAAACUAUGUCCAAGCCGUUGUUUCCCGCUAUCGCAAGAGCCCUGCUAUCUUCUCCUGGAAAUCUCGCAAAAUCGAUGGAUCGCACAUGAUAAGUACUGGUGAAGAAGGCUUCUUCAACUUCCCUGGAGACCCCGACUGGGCAUACAAUGGUGCUGACGGUACCGAUUUCUAUGCCAUACCAAGCUCUCUGCCAUCUCGUACGGAACCUUCCACUCUGGUCCUUAACUUCACGGCUCAACACGGGAUUGCUCAAAAGAAAAUCGGCAAACCUGUAGUCUGGGAGGAGUACGGCUGGAUGACACCCGAGGCACGCCUUGAAAACCUUGGAAUUGUGUCCAACUAUACCCGCCUUCAAGCCAUUGGUCCCUGGCAAAAAGCUGUUCUCGAACACAAGCUCGCUGGUGAUCAGUUCUGGCAACUUGGUAUUAGCAAUCUCUCGUUCGGUCGCUUACCAACGACGGAUUCACCAUCUAUCUUGACGAUCCGAGGCCAAGACACUGGUAUAUGA